CUACUAGAUAAGCUUGUAAAACCUCUUGCUCUCUACCAGGAGCAUUCAACACUCGACUGAGGAGGAAAGAGCCUGUCGACCAAGACUGUUUGCAUGUGAUACUGCAGCUACUUUAUUAUUUUUUAUUAACCAUUUCAGGUUAUUCUUAAUCAAAUGUUCUUGAACUAAAAGAAAGAGCAGAAUUGGCCAGCCCUGCGGAGGACACAUCUGAGUACAAUGCUGUUUUAGAUGAGGAAAAAAAAAACACAGCCUAAAGAUAACAAAAACUCACAAGUAGUUAUUUGGAACUACUACCUGCAACAUGGGGAAGUGGAAAGUUCAUUGUGAGACGAGCCGUUUCAAAAAAGGCAGUGGUGGUCAUUUCCCCCGGCGCUUACCCUUUAAAACGGUGUACAGACACAGGAGCCCCGCCCAGACAGGAAGAGAGAGCUCCACUCGAGAAUCUCAUCAUCAUGGUUGGCAAAGAAGAGAACAUGAUUCCCAGCUGUACAAGUCAUAUAUUAGACAACAGAGCCUACCCACAUGCAUAGGAGACCAAAGAAGAUCAAAUGUCAGGACUGAUUUGCUGAAUAUGAUUGUCAUGGACUUACAGCCGCUAAGCCUUGUUGAAGAAAAAGGAUUCCAACACUUUGUGCAGAUCCUACAUCCGUCUGCUGACAUUCCACUAAGUACCUCUUGGAUUCGAGCUGAACUCUUAAAAAUGUAUGAGCAUACGAGACAGAAAGUGCAGCAGGAAGUUAGUAAUGCAAAAGACCUGGUGCUUUCCGCCGAAAUGUGGAUCUCAAGCAAAGACGCCUCCUAUCUCACGGUAACUUGUCACUUCAUCGAUGAGAACUGGGAACUGAAAUCGUACACGCUUGAAACGGCACAUCUUCUCGGUGAGCACACACCUGAGAAUGUCCAUCAGCAGCUUGGGAGAAUUUCAACUGAGUGGAAAAUCAUGGAUAAAAUUCAGGUAGUGGUCGUGAAUGUAGAUGGCAUGAAGAAACAAAAAGCAAGGUGGACAUACAUGCCUUGCUUUGGCCACACCCUCAACAAAGUUUUCAAUGAAGCUAUGGAUAACUCAGACUGGAGAGGUUUGCUGAAGAAGUGCCGCCGUAUCGUUGCAUUUUUCCACCAGAAGAGUGAGGCAUUGAGAAACGUUCAGUUGACCCAGUCUCCUGGUGUUGACUGGCUUCCUGUGCUUACCAUGCUGGAAAACAUCUCUGACCAGUGGCUGUCCAUUUCCACAGAGUUCAUGAACAGGCAAGAGGAAAAUCUUUGGCUCAAUGAAAAAGAGAGAAUGAUGCUGGAUAGUGCAGUGGUGGCAAUCAGGGUCAUCAAAAAGGUCGUAGAGGAGUUGGGCGAGAGUGGUUACAGUUCAGUCUCCAACAUCAUACCUCUGUGCGACAAACUUCAGAGCAGCCUGGAACAUCUGGGGCGAAAUGGGAACAAGGUAGCACAGAGGCUUGCUGAGAGAUGUGGCCAUCACAUGGGAAGCAUCAAACAAAAUGUACUGUUCUCUGUUAGCACGGCCCUGGACCCAAGAUUCAAAAGCAGUGUACUACAGCACUUUGAAAAAAUCAAAGCUUGUAUCAAAGAAGAAAUGCGCAAGCAGGGAAGCGGAGCAAGUAGGAGUGGCUGCAAAAAAGAACAUGGCGGCAAGAUAAGCUAUGAAGAUGUACUUCUACAUAGAUACUCGGCAGAAAGCGACACAUCGGGAACUCUGAAUCCUCUUGAGUUCUGGGCAACCAAAAAUGAUUUUAAAGAAUUGACCAUAGUUGCCCGCAAAUACCUCACUGUGGUCUCCACUGCUAUUCCAAUAGAGCGUGUUAUGCAGCAGGAAAAAUCCCAGCUCAUUUUCAACAGGAGAAAAUGUGUAGAGCUGGAAAACAUCAAUAUGAUGCUGUUUCUGAAUAACAAUCAUGCAAAAAUAUGAGACGAGGGAACAACAUUUGUACUUUGCCUAUUCGGGCAAGUGUGACAAAACGAGAAUAUCAGAAGAGGAAACAACACUUGUACUUUGCCUAUUUGGGCAAGUGUGACAAAACAAAAAUGACGCACAGUGUGUUGCAGUGGAACUGAGGACUGUGUGCAGCAUAGAUGAUUGAAAAGUCACAUACUAUUAAAUGGAUAAUGCUUUUUUAUUCAUUUUUUAUUUAUGUUUCUCAUCAAUUUAUAGUUAAAGCUCUGCUUUUUUAUCCUAGUGUAGUCCUUGAUUACUUUGCUUAUGGUUGUGAUUAAAAACCUUUACUGCAGCGCAGUAAAAAAAAAUAUUUGCCCCCUCCUGAUUUCCACUAUUAGCAUAUUUGUCACAAUAAAUGGUUUCAGAUUUUCACACAAAAUAGGACAAGACGAUCCACAGGAAACACAAAACACAGUUUAGUCAAUUUAUUGAAGGAAAAGAGUUUUGCAACAACUAUAUCACUCGUGAAAAAGCGCUCAUGUGCUUCGGAUUGUUUUCUUGCUGCAUAACCCAAUGGCGCUUGAACUUCAGAUCAUGGAAGGAUAACUAGACAUUCUCCUGAAGGACUUUCUGGUAGAAAGCAGAAUUCAUGGUUCCAUUAAUCUGGCAAGUUACCCAGGACAAGAAGCAACAAAGCAUCCCCACACCAUCACACUACCACCACCAUGUUUGACUGUUGAUAUUAUAUUUUUAUUGUGAAAUGCAGUGUUAGCUUUAUGCCAGAUGUAAUGGGAUCUUUGUCUUUGAAAAAGUUCCAGUUUCAACUCACCAGUCCACAGGAGAUUAUUCCAAAUGGCUUGGAGGUCAACAAGGUGUGUUUUAAGUUUGAGAUGAGCCUUUAUGUUCCUUUUGAUUAGAAGUGGCUUGAAACCUUUGCAGUGUCUUUCUAAUGGUGAAAUCAUAAACGCUGACCUCAUCUGAAACAGGCAAGGCCUGCAGCUCCUUAGAUGUUUGCCUGGGUUCCUUUAUGACUUCUUUUAACAGGCUAGCCAGCUGGUAGGGGGUCAAAUACUUUUUUUCACACAGGGCCAGUUGUUGUCUGAUAACUUUUAUUUAUAUAUGGUGUUAUGAUUUUAAAACUGUAUUUUGUGUUUACUGAGGUUGUCUUGUUUAAAGAUCUGAAACAGUUAAUUGUGACAGAUUUGCAAAAAUCAGCAAAUCAUUUUUCACAGCACUGUACGCUCUUCAUUUCAGCCUGUGACUUUUUAUUAAAACAAUCAAAUGUAUAUUUUGAUUCAUUUAAAACAUAACACAUCUGUACUAAUUUUAUACAGUUAUAUACAACUUAUAUAACUGCUAAUAUCUCUGUGCUUAUCAUAAGAUGCUUGGCAUAUAAUGACAUGUAAA